AUGGGAAACUUCACGAUCGUGAACGGCCAGAUCUACACGCCAGGGCUGGCUAUUGUGGAUGCCCCACAACCAUACACUCCUUUAGGAGGAGGCAAGUUCCAAGUGAAAUCGCAUAAUUUCACCUUGUCCAAUGGUACUGUGCCGCCCAGCAACUCAUCCGGAUAUGUCGGACCCGUACUAGAUCUCGAACCUUCAUCAACGGUCAAACAUGUGAAUUGGGUAUGGCCCAGAUGUUUCGUCGGCAGCGGGGAUGGAGACAGUAGCGACGGCACGGCACGAGGCGCAUACAACAUUACCAUGCAUCAAUCUUUUCGCUGGAAUGACACCGACUAUUAUACUGUGUUUAAUUUGCCUAUCUCGGUGACAAAUAGUAUUUCUCAGAGCUCGGAUCGAGUGGAGUGCGAUUUGCUUGAGAAUGAGAUGGUUGAAGCGAAGAAUGAUGGCUCUGAUUCACUUCCUGGUCAGCCUUGGUUAGAGGGAGGUAGUUCAAGUACAGCAACUGAAUCGGGGGCAGCAGCAACUUCAACGAGUGUGGGGACGAGGGUUCAGAAGAAAGCGGCCCUUGCGGCUGCGGGAGCAGUUUGCUGGGUGUUUUGGCAUUUGAUGAGGUAA